ACUUUCUUUCAUAUUACACAACCGCCCCUUCAACCGACGGUCCAGAUUCUCUCCCUUCAUUUUUCCCUUCCCCUCUGCUGCUGCUGCUCUUCUUCAUUCAUCCACUCUUCACAACCAGAAAAUUUAUUAUCGACACAUUUUCUCUGCAUUUCAACCAUUUCCAAAUCUUCAAUCUGCACAAUGACGACGGAAACGGAGACGGAGACGCAGAGAGAGAGAGAGGCUCAUGUCUACAUGGCUAAGCUUGCCGAACAGGCCGAGCGUUAUGAUGAAAUGGUUGAAAGCAUGAAAAAAGUCGCAAAACUAGAUGUUGAGCUGUCGGUGGAUGAAAGAAAUCUGCUCUCUGUUGGGUACAAGAAUGUAAUUGGUGCCCGCAGAGCUUCAUGGCGGAUCAUGUCUUCAAUUGAGCAGAAGGAAGAGUCCAAGGGAAAUGAGAGCAAUGUGAAGCUGAUCAAGGACUACCGCCAGAAGGUCGAGGAUGAGCUAUCCAAGAUCUGCUAUGACAUUCUUUCUGUCAUUGACAAGCAUCUAAUUCCGUCUUCUGGUUCAGGAGAAGCUACUGUUUUCUACUACAAGAUGAAAGGUGAUUAUUAUCGCUACCUUGCUGAGUUCAAGACUGAUCAGGACAAGAAAGAGGCUGCUGAACAGUCCCUCAAGGGCUAUGAGGCUGCUUCAGCCGCUGCAAGUACAGAACUACCAUCCACCCACCCUAUCCGUCUUGGUCUUGCUUUGAACUUCUCAGUGUUCUACUAUGAGAUCAUGAACUCUCCUGAAAGGGCUUGCCACUUGGCUAAACAAGCAUUCGAUGAGGCCAUAGCUGAUUUGGAUUCUCUGAGUGAAGAGUCUUACAAAGACAGCACCUUAAUUAUGCAGCUCUUGAGAGAUAACCUCACUCUCUGGACCUCUGAUUUGCCUGAAGAUGGUGAGGAGAACAUCAAAGCUGAGGAAUCCAAGCCAGCAGAACCUAAGCAGCAAUGAUGUGUCGGCAACACCUAAUUCGUGCCAAAGAUCAUGUGUUUUCUGAUGGAUGAUAUAUCUUCAGCUUUCUCCAUUAAUGACAGCAGAGUGUUGGCAGUUUGCGAUAAUCCAACCAAUUUUUUUUAUUUUUCAUUAGAACAAUGUCAAGAUGAGAUUGUUUUAAUUCAUCUGCCAGCAUUUUGCUUCUACCACUGUGAGAACUUUUAGCUUCUUAGGAAAUUCUCUGUUUUUCAUAGACAAGUUAAACAUUAAUGUAACACUUCUACUUAUAUAUAGUAAUGCUUAAUCUGAUGUUCAUACA